AUGAGCGGCACAGCUGCCCGCCCCGCCUGCCAUGCAGCGACUGCGCACCACCUUCAAACGAUCCCGGACUCCAACGCCGCAGGACAUGAAGACGCAAAGCAGCCUCGAAGUGCCCAAGCAGAAAAUAAAGAAUUUCGCAUUCAUGAAGUUCAAACUCUGAUUGACAAUCUCAGUACUGAGCAAGCAGAAAUUGAAAACCUUCAAGUUAGGUCGGUCCGGUCGGCGUCAUUCGAUGAGAUACAGCUCGAAGCGGCGCGCGGGGCAGGCGCUAGUUCUCUGCUAGCAGUACCGCAGCAGGGCGCACGCAGCCGCUCCUUUGACUCUGCCGGAUCUGAUGACUCGGGCACUUACUUAGAGGUACCACGUCUGUGGUCUCGACGCCGAUCUGGGAAAGGUACACCGCCACCAUGUGUUCAUUGUCGUCAUAUGGAAACUUGGUUAGCGCGUCGCAGCGAAGAACGAUCUACGCCUGAAAGACCACCUGCAUCUUCCUCAGCUGAGGAUGACGAUGAUGAGGAUGAUGAAAGUGAUGCAGAUAUACCGAGAGUUCUUCUUGCACCAGCCCCUAAAACAUUAUUACCGCCACCGCCACAGUCACCACCGCCUUCACCAGGCGCACCAUCCUUCGAAUUACAACCACCAGUCGAUGAACCAUUAAUUCUACCUCAAAGGCGACGUUCAAUUUCAAGACAAGAAGCAUUUUUUGUGGAACCUACUGGCAGUUCAUUAGAAAAUGUUCAAGCAUCAGAGCAAGCAAACAAUGCAAAGGACAGCUUGGUUCACGAUAUUUAUUUAGCCGUACCUGAAUUAAAACGUGAUCGUGCUGCAUCUGUAGAUUCGUGUUUUUCAAAAGUUUCCGGCGGGGCAAGAGCAGAAGAAUUAAGUGAGGGUGGUGAUUGCUUAACGGUUCCGGGAACGAGUCUUCGAUCGCGAUCAGUGGAUAUUGUCCUGCCAACGGCUGAACAAUCACGUUACAAGGCACUUGCAUUGACAUCCUCUCAAGUUCCACCGCAAAUUAAUUAUCAGGUGCCCGAGGAGGAGCCUGUUCCUGUGGUUUUACAAACUUUCGACAGCAGGUCAGUAACU